AUCAUCAUUUUGCCAUUUGCUCACAGGCAGUUAAAGGGUGAAGCUGAGAAACAGCAUAAAUCAAUCACAGAAGUGGCCGAGCGACCGCAGUGGGCGUUCAAAGACACCCAGUCAGUCACUUAAACAUGUGAGGAGGAAAGAGGGAAUGGGAAGUACCCGGACUUUUACUGAGGAGUCUCUGGACUAAGGUUGAAAAGCUGAAGUCGACUGCAGGUCUGAAAGUUGAUUCAGGCAGCGCGAAAAAGCUGCACAGCAGAGGAAGACGAGGCAAAGUUAAUGUCCGACCAGAGCAGUACAUGGCCUGUAUUCUGCUGUCAAAAAUGGACACGUCCUCAGCUGACCACACCGAACACCAAAACAGUCACACGCCUGUCCCCGACCCUGCUGUGGACAACAAUCCUAAAGAGGACCUGGACACCACCUGUCUCACUGUCCAUCUUUACUGCCUGGGGAAAGAUGUUGACAAAGACUCUGAAAGUGUGCUUUCAUUCCCACCUGGGGAGUAUGUAGUGGAGGAGCUGUGCAUCGCUGCAGCCAAAGCUUGUAGGAUCGCCCCGGUUUACUUCAACAUGUUUGGGCUCAUGAGGGAAAGUGACCGGACGUGGUUUCCACCCAACCACAUCUUCAAGCUCAACCAGUCAGACAGUGAGAACCUUCACUUCAGAAUCAGAUAUUAUUUUCCUGGCUGGUACAACAGCAGCACUUCCUUUCACGCCCAUCGCUACGGCGUGUCCAAAGGCAUGGAGGCUCCUGUGAUAGACGACUGUGUGAUGGCCUACCUGUUCUCUCAGUGGCGUAGUGAUUUUCUCAACGGCUGGGUUCAAAUACCAGUGAGCCACGACUCCCAGGAGGAAUGUCUGGGGAUGGCAGCGCUGGACAUGAUGAGACUGGCCAAAGAGAGCAACCAAUCACCUGUGGACAUCUAUAAUGACGCCAGCUACAAGUCCUUUUUGCCUAAGUGCAUGCGAAGCCACAUCCAGGAAUACAACAUCGUGACCAGGAAGAGGAUCCGCUAUCGCUUCAAGAGAUUCAUCCAACAGUUCAACGAGUGCAAGGCCUCUGUGUCCAACCUGAAGCUCAAGUACCUGAUGAACCUGGAGGGACUGCUGCCCUCCCUCUACUCUGAGCGCUUUCAAGUCACUGACCUCUCCGCACAUGAGGAGACCAUCGUGGUCUCGGGUAACAAAGGGAUCCAGUGGUUGAAAAGGAUAGAAGAGGACGGAGGGAAGGAGGAGCUUCAAACAUACUGCGACUUCCCGGAGGUGAUUGACAUCAGCAUUAAACAGUCCAACAAAGAAGGCUCUGCCGACAGUCGCAUCGUUACUCUGUCCAAACAGGACGGAAAAGUCCUGGAGCUGGAGUUCCACUCUCCAUCGGAGGCUCUGUCAUUCGUGUCUUUGGUUGAUGGUUACUACAGACUGGUCGCAGAUGCCCAUCAUUACCUGUGUAAAGAGGUGGCGCCCCCUAGACUCCUGGAGUGUAUUCAAAGCUACUUCUACGGCCCUGUGUCGAUGGAGUUCACAAUACAUAAGCUGCGUCGCUCUGGUAAUCACCAGGGUCUGUACAUCCUUCGCUGCAGCUCCAGGGACUACUACAAAUACUUCAUGUCUUUUGUCGUCGGGUAUGAGAGUAUGGUGGACUACAAACACUGUCAGAUCCUGAAGCUGGAGUCAGGAGAGUACACCCUGAGCGGAGCCAAGAAGAGCUUCAGCACACUGAGGGAACUUCUGCACUGCUAUGAAAAGGAGGUGCUGCGCACAGACGGAUACACCUUUCAGCUGACCCGGUGCUGCCCUCCCAGUUCUAAAGAGAAAUCCAACCUGCUAGUGUGCAGAAACAACCAGGGGGCAGAGGUUUCCCUGUCUCCAUCUCUCCACACACACAUCAGUCAGAUGGUCUUUCACAAGAUCCGGAAAGAGGACCUCAUCAUAAGUGAGAGUCUGGGCCAAGGAACCUUCACCAAGAUCUUUCGAGGUGUGAGGAAGGAGCUGGGAGACUACGGAGAGCUCCAUCAGAUUGAAGUGGUGAUCAAGAUCCUGGACAAGGCUCACCGCAACUACUCAGAGUCCUUCUUUGAAGCAGCCAGCAUGAUGAGCCAGCUCUCGCACAAACACCUCAUUCUCAACUACGGCGUCUGCGUUUGUGGGGAUGAGAACAUGAUGGUGCAGGACUUUGGCAGAUUUGGUUCUCUGGACAUUUAUCUGAAGAAGAACAAAAGCUGCAUCAACAUCACGUGGAAGCUGGAAGUGGCCAAACAACUGGCCUGGGCCAUGCUCUACCUGGAGGAGAAGAAUCUCGUACACGGCUACGUCUGUGCCAAAAAUGUUCUGCUGAUCAGAGAGGAGGACAAAAGGACGGGCAGUCUGCCCUUCAUCAAACUCAGUGACCCUGGCAUCAGCAUCACUGUUCUGCCCAGAGAAGUUCUCUUGGAGCGUAUCCCGUGGGUGCCCCCCGAGUGCAUCGACAACGCCCAGAACCUGUCUUUGGCUGCAGACAAGUGGGGCUUCGGUACGACGCUGUGGGAGAUAUGCAGUGGUGGAGACAAACCACUCAGCACUCUGGACAGCUCCAAGAAACAACUGUUCUACGUGGACAGACAUCAGCUGCCGGCUCCUAAGUGGACAGAACUGGCCAAUCUGAUCAACAGCUGUAUGGACUAUGAGCCGUUGAACCGACCGUCCUUCAGAGCGGUCAUCAGAGACCUCAACAGUCUCUUCACACCAGACUAUGAGCUGCUGGUGGAGAGCGACAUGUUACCCCACAGGACGAGGGGUCUGGGUUUCCCCUGGGCCUCUGAGAACCAGGAGCCGGCCCAGUUUGAGGAGAGGCACCUCAUAUUUUUGAAGCAGCUUGGCAAAGGGAACUUCGGCAGCGUGGAGAUGUGCAGGUACGACCCCCUGCAGGACAGCACUGGGGAGGUGGUGGCCGUGAAGAAACUGCAGCACAGCACCGAUGAGCACAUCAGGGACUUCGAGAGGGAAAUCGAGAUCCUUAAGUCACUGCAGCACGAAAACAUCGUCAAGUACAAGGGGGUCUGCUACAGCGCGGGUCGGAGGAACCUGCGGCUGGUCAUGGAGUACCUCCCCUACGGCAGCCUCAGGGAUUAUCUCAUCAAACACAAGGAUCACUUUGACUCCAUGAAACUGCUGCACUACGCAUCGCAGAUCUGCAAGGGCAUGGACUACCUGGCCCUGAAGCGGUACAUCCACAGAGACCUGGCCACCAGGAACAUCCUGGUGGAGAGUGAGAUGAGGGUGAAGAUCGGUGACUUUGGCCUGACCAAGAUGCUGCCGCAGGACAAAGAGUACUACACCGUCAGGGAACCUGGAGAGAGCCCCAUCUUCUGGUACGCUCCGGAGUCGCUGACAGAGAGUAAGUUCUCCGUGGCGUCGGACAUCUGGAGUUUUGGCGUCGUUCUCUACGAACUCUUCACCUACAGCGAUAAGAGCUGCAGCCCCCCAGCAGUGUUUAUGGAGAAGAUGGGAAAUGAAAAGCAGGGACAGAUGAUCGUCUACCACCUGAUAGAUUUGCUCAGCCAGGGAUACAGGCUGCCCACUCCUGACAACUGUCCACAGGAGAUCUGCAACAUCAUGUCAGAGUGUUGGAGCGGAGACCCCAAGCUGCGGCCCACCUUCAAGGCCUUACUCCUCAGAGUAGAGUCCAUCAGAGAAAUCAAGCAAGGAUGAGUCCCCAUGUUCAGCACCUUGGUCAGCAACCAUGGAUUUUUCUUUUUUUAAUUCACACCAUCAGAUCCUGGACGAUUUGUUUACAUCAGAUUAUGUAUAGAAAAGGUUUGCCAAAGUUAGCGCAAUACAAACCAAAUAAAUAUAUGUAUAUCUGUGGGUUCACCAUGGUUACACCAUGAAGACUGGAGGAUCAUGAAGAACGCAGCAGUGACGUUUGGACGACAAACAGUUGGCAGUUUUCAGGAUGGCACAAAAGUGCAGCAACCGUGAAUGCACCAUAAGAGCACUUCAGGGCCCAGCCUAAAGACAUCGGACAAAUCAACCUUUAGACGAUGAAAACCAGGACGAACGCUCGUCCUCAUGUCUGUCUGCAAGAUAAUCUCACAGAAAUGUCACAUGACGAAACCCCUCCAAUCAGCUUCAAUAAUAGCCUUCUGACCUGUCCACUACUCACUGUGUGUAACUGUUACUGUUUAAGGCAAAAAAAUAAAAAAGUCACGAGAUGUUUUACAGAAAAAAAAAAAAAAGAACAGAACA